AUGACCGAGGAGCCCUCCGCUUCCUCCCGCGGCACUCGCCGGUCGCGCCACCGUUCACCGCCCACCUCCCUCCCGGCGCACUUCGCACGCAAAGGCUACCUCUCCGUUUCGGACCUCGUCGGCCCCUCAUGGUGCGAGUACAACUAUCAAUAUGGUAUCCUGUCCCUCUCCCAUUUGCCACCGUCGCAACGACCCGCAACAAUCACCACAGAGACCGGAACAACGCUCGCGGCAGCACCACAGCUGGUGCUCGCCAAAGAAGCGACGUUGACAGCGGGCAAGGCGGUACACACGGUGCUCGAGCGCGAAGUCGCACCUGUCACCGUCGUCGUCGAGACGCAAACCAAGGAGGAUGGGUGGGCGUUGAGGCUGUUGAAUCUGUGGUGUGACGUGCAGGGGUUGCUGCAGCUCGAGCCAGGGAGUGGGAAGGGAAAGGGGGUAAAGUGCGUACGUGAGGUCCCCGUGUACGGGUGGGUCCACGGCGUGAUGGUCAUGGGCGUGAUCGACGAGAUCGAGAAGCGAAGCCUCCAGCCCAGUCCAAGAACAGAGAAGGGCAAAACUUGGGCUAGCCAGGAGGAGUGGAAGAAAGAUCAGCGGAAGAACUCCAGCCCGAAGAAAUCCUCCAGUGCAAGCACAGCGAAACCGCUAAUGGCAUUCUUCAGCUCCCAAUCCAAACCACCCGAUCCGGAACCCGCACCAUCUGCAGAGCAAAAACGAUGGGACUACUUUCUGUCGGACACAAAGACGAGGAUAUCCUCCUGGCUUCCGGCGGAGGAGGAUCAGCACAGUGCACGGAUGCAGUGCAUGACGUACAAACGGCUCUUCGACGGGCUCCUGCUGGGCGCUCUUCGUGGCGAAGAUCACAGGAUGGGAUUCGACCCGAAAGCAACGCCCAUGGACUGGGAUCAGACAUUUGCGUCGCUCGAUCUGGACCCACAUCAGCCGUUGUCGGAGGCGUUCUUGAGGGACGCAGAGCCGUUGUGUCAGAGCUGGGGAACGGAGCUGGGGUUGUGGGUUGCGCAGAAUGAGGCUGACGUGUGCACGUUAGAUCACAUACGGCUGUUGUUGGAGCAGGGGUUGAGGGGGCUCGUGGAGGAUGCGAGACACGGGCACGGGCAGGAGAAUAAGGAUGGGGAAGGAAAGAUUGCGGUGAUACAGGAGACACUUGCAUUGACGUAUAGGAGACAGAAGCAGCGGCGGCGGGGGAAGCGGAAGAAGGCGGCUCCUAAUCAUGUCUCAAACGGAAAGCAGGAGCAGGACGGUGAUCUUCGUCAGUUGACGCUGGAGGACAGCAUGGCUGCUGCGGGCGAUGAAGCUGUGACGCUCGAGGACAGCGUCCCAGCUGCAGAUGGUGAGGCCGUCACGACAGAGGGUGCGAUCGAGUCGACCCUCGCUACCGACCCGCCAGCGACGGAAGCAAAGAAAUCCCUCGACGCCAUGGAAGGACACAACGACGCACUCGAGGCGAUCUCGACCGCGCUCUCCCCGCCACCUUGCACGCCUCGUCGCCGAACCACCUCUCCCACUUCACCCACACCCACAACCCCUUCGUCACCAUCACCACCAGCGUCCAUCAUCGGCAUCGUCACCUUCGCCCACGACCCUCCCACCCUCGAUGCAUACCUCCACCGCAUGAUCCGCAUGUGGAAAGGCGAGCGGGCGCUCGAAGGAGUCCGCAUCGACCAGACGCGUCGCUGCUGGACGUGCGAGUGGAUGGACGGGUGCGAGUGGCGUACUCAGCAAUCUAACCGGCGCGUUGUCAAGCCAGACUCGGAGGAAGAGGGCGAAUUCUGGUCCAACUUGGAUUACGAAUCGAUCGAGGUGCGCGAUUCGAGUGGCAACCUCGUGGAUUGGUAG